AUGGGGCUAAGUCUGAGCGAUGUGUCGGACGAAGAUGCAGAGAAGAGGCCUGUCACAUUUGAGAGCAAGAGUAGUCGGGCCAAAGGGUUGGCUUUCCAUCCGAAGAGACCAUGGAUUCUUGUUAGCUUGCACAGCAGCACCAUCCAGCUAUGGGACUACCGGAUGGGGACGCUGAUCGACAGAUUUGAAGAACAUGAUGGACCAGUGCGCGGUAUCGAUUUCCACAAGACACAGCCCUUGUUCGUUUCUGGAGGAGACGACUACAAAAUCAAAGUCUGGUCAUACCAAACAAGAAGAUGUCUUUUCACACUGAAUGGUCAUCUUGACUACGUUCGGACUGUCUUCUUUCACCAUGAAUUGCCUUGGAUAUUGUCCGCCUCGGACGACCAGACCAUUAGAAUUUGGAACUGGCAAAAUCGAUCGCUGAUCUGCACUAUGACCGGUCAUAAUCACUAUGCGAUGUGCGCACAAUUUCACCCGAAAGAAGACCUCAUCGUUUCUGCUUCAUUGGACCAAUCCGUUCGAGUGUGGGAUAUCUCUGGGCUACGAAAAAAGCAUUCUGCACCUACCUCAAUGAGCUUCGAAGAUCAGAUGGCGCGGGCGAAUCAACAACAAGCAGACAUGUUUGGAAAUACCGACGCGGUGGUCAAAUUUGUGCUCGAGGGUCACGACCGCGGAGUGAACUGGGUGGCUUUCCACCCGACCCUUCCAUUGAUUGUCUCCGCUGGUGAUGAUCGGCUCGUCAAGCUGUGGAGAAUGAGCGAGACCAAGGCAUGGGAGGUCGACACUUGCCGUGGACACUUCCAGAAUGCAUCUGCGUGUCUGUUCCAUCCCCACCAAGACCUCAUUCUGUCUGUGGGCGAGGAUAAAACCGUUCGAGUGUGGGAUUUGAACAAGAGGACGUCCGUCCAAUCUUUCAAACGAGAAAACGAUCGCUUCUGGGUUAUCGCGGCUCAUCCGGAAAUCAACCUCUUUGCUGCCGGGCACGAUAAUGGAGUUAUGGUCUUCAAGCUCGAAAGAGAACGUCCGGCAUCAUCCGUCUACCAGAAUCAGCUGUUCUACAUCACCAAAGACAAGCACGUUCGAUCUUACGACUUCAGCAAAAAUGUUGAAUCCCCUUCGUUGCUCUCGCUUAGGAAGCUUGGGAGCAAUUGGGUCCCUCCUCGAACACUGUCGUACAAUCCCGCCGAACGAUCAAUUCUUGUGACGUCUCCCACGGAUGGCGGCACCUACGAAUUGAUUGCACUCCCACGAGAUGCAACUGGGGCUUCUGAUCCUACCGAUUUGAAGCGUGGUUCCGGAAAUGCUGCAGUUUUCGUUGCCCGCAACCGGUUUGCGGUAUUCAGUUCUUCCACACAACUCGUUGAGAUCAAAGACUUAAGCAAUUCAACCACGAAGUCUUUCAAAGCACCAGCUGGGACCACCGAUAUCACAUACGGUGGAACUGGGUGUCUGCUUCUUAUUACCCCCACGAACGUUGUCCUUUACGAUAUCCAACAGAAGAAACAACUGGCAGAAUUGAGCGUUACCGGGGUCAAGUACGUUUCUUGGUCAAACGAUGGCCUUUACGCGGCCUUGUUAAGCAAGCACAAUGUCACCAUUGUGAACAAAUCUCUCGAGCAGGUCAGCACGUUGCAUGAAACGAUCAGAAUCAAGAGCGCCACAUGGGAUGACUCAGGGGUUCUCCUCUAUUCAACUCUCAAUCAUGUCAAAUAUACUCUACUCAACGGGGACAACGGCAUCGUGAGGACACUGGAUCAGACCGUGUACCUCGUCAAGGUAAAGGGGCGAAAUAUUUACUGCCUCGACCGGGCGGCCAAGCCCAAAGUCCUCAGCAUCGAUCCCACCGAGUACCGUUUCAAGUUGGCGCUAGUUAAACGAAACUACGAUGAAAUGCUUCACAUCAUCAGGGAGUCCAGCUUGGUCGGGCAGAGCAUCAUCUCCUAUCUGCAGAAGAAAGGCUACCCGGAGAUCGCCCUACAAUUCGUGCAGGAUCCACAGACACGAUUUGAGCUCGCUAUCGAAUGCGGAAACCUAGAAGUCGCCACAGAAAUGGCCAAGGAGCUUGAUAAACCAAAGAUUUGGACACGUUUGGGUGCCGAAGCUCUGAUCCAUGGUAACCACCAAACGGUCGAGAUGACUUAUCAGAAGCUUCGAAAUUUCGACAAACUUUCAUUCUUGUACCUCUGCACAGGCGAUGAGGAGAAACUCACUAGGAUGGCCAAAAUCGCCGAGCAUCGCGGAGACUUUGUCUCUCGAUUCCAAAACGCUCUCUAUCUGGGCGAUGUGGAAAGCAGGAUACAAAUGUUCAAAGAGAUUGAUCUAUAUCCUCUAGCCUACCUUACUGCGAAAUCUCACGGACUGACGGAAGAAUGCGAAUCAAUCCUCGAACUUUGUGGAUUGACCGAAGAUCAAAUCUCGAUGCCCGAAUCCGGAGGCGGCCUGAGCAUUCCCAAGGCUAUCGUUCCCACUUUCAAAGCAAAUUGGCCAAUGAAGGAAGCAUCACAUUCCUCGUUUGAAAAAGCCCUCCUCGGCGAAAUAGGGGUGGUGGCUGUUGACGAAGACACAAGUCCUGAUCUUCUUAACGAAGACAUCCCGAUUCCUGCAGAUGGCAAUGAUGUCGCAGCAGUAGAUGAUGCUGAUGCGGGUGAUGGAUGGGACAUGGGUGACGACAUUGGUCUAGAUGCAGCCGGAAAUGACUCGGAUUUUGUCAACGUUGACAAUCCAGAUGCUCCUAUCGAGCCUGCAGGACCAGGAAGUUCAGAAGCAGACAUGUGGUCUCGAAACUCCCCAUUGGCGGCAGAUCACGUUGCUGCCGGCUCUUUCGACAGUGCUAUGCAAUUGUUGAACCGACAAGUUGGCGCAGUCCAUUUCGAACCGCUCAAGUCCAGAUUCUUGGAGAUUUAUCAAGCAUCAAAGACAUAUCUACCCGCCAACGCCGGCCUCUCCCCCAUUUUGAAUUAUGUCCGCCGAACGACCGACGAGACAGACAGCAGAAAAUUGUUGCCAGUCAUCCCCCGCAGCCUUGAUACUCUAUCCAGCGUCGACUUGCAAGAGGGCUAUACCGCGAUGAGGACGAACAAACUAGAAAAUGGCGUCGUUGCUUUCCGAUAUAUUCUGCAAUCUCUCCUUGUCAAUGUCGUUAGCUCUGAGGCGCAAGUCGACGAAGCCAAAGCACUCAUUGCCAAAUCGAUGGAAUACCUGCUUGCGAUGAGCAUCGAAUUGGAGAGACGUCACCUUGCAGCAUCUGGGAGUGAUUCAGAGGAACAGCUUAAGCGACAACUGGAGCUUUCCGCAUAUUUCACCAUGCCAAAAUUGGACGUUUCGCAUCGCCAGUUGGCUCUUAUGGCUGCUAUGAAGCUUGCCUUCUCCAACAAGCAAUUCUCCAGCGCUUUAUCUUUCGCCAACAGGGUUCUUGCGAAUGGCGGUUCUCCCAAACUGGUUGAGCAGGCGAAGAAGGUGAAACAACAAGCCGAACGGUCGGGAUCGAGCGAUAGGAUUGAUAUCGAAUACGACCAGUUUGCCGAUUUCGAUUGGAGUUCAGAGUGUUUCAUGCCCAUUUGA